CCGCUGUCCUGCUGCGGCUAUAAAUCCUCCUCUGCGCCUCCACUCAGUCCUUCUCCCCGAGCUGUCCUCAAGUCCGGACUACCCCGUAGCUUCGCGUUAGUCCUCAGCCAUGGCGGAUCAGGCCUUUGUGACGUUGGCUACGAAUGACAACUAUGCCCGAGGGGCCAUGGUUUUGGGCAAAUCCCUCCGUAACCACAACACAUCCAAGAAGCUGGUGGCGCUCAUUGGCCCUCAGGUGUCUGAACCCUGCCAGUCCGUGUUGAAGAGGAUCUACGAUGAAGUGCGGGUGGUGGACGUGCUGGACAGCGGCGACACGGCACACCUGGCCAUGAUGAAGAGGCCGGACCUGGGCAUCACCUUCACCAAGCUCCACUGCUGGGCCCUCACACACUACUCCAAAUGUGUUUUCAUGGAUGCAGACACUCUGGUACUUUCAAAUAUAGAUGAGCUGUUUGACAGAGAGGAGCUGUCAGCUGCUCCUGACCCUGGCUGGCCCGACUGCUUCAACUCCGGCGUGUUUGUUUAUCGUCCUUCAAUGGAGACUUACGGCAAACUGAUCCAGCACUGUACGGAACAUGGAAGCUUCGAUGGAGGAGACCAGGGUGUUUUGAAUAGCUACUUCAGCAACUGGGCAACAACCGAUAUAUCCAAACACCUCCCCUUCAUCUACAACCUGAGCAGCGUGGCCAUCUACACUUACCUUCCAGCUUUCAAGCAGUAUGGCGGCAACGCCAAGGUGGUCCACUUCCUGGGGAAGACCAAGCCGUGGAGUUUCACCUUUGAUCUCAAAAGCAAACAGAUUUCGGGGAACGUGCAGGACGCCACCUCGCACCCCACCUUCCUGCUGGACUGGUGGAUGCUGUACUCCAGCGCCGUGGUGCCCAUGCUGCAGCAGCAGUACGGGGAUCAGCCUUUCAACUCCGGAUGCGUGGAGUGCCAGUACAGUGAAAUGAUCAUUUGUGAGAGUGAACAGAGCUUCACACACGAGCCGGCCGAACCCCAGAUGUCCUCGGAGGAGCGGAAGCAGAAAUGGGAGCAAGGACAGGCCGACUACAUGGGAAAGGACUCAUUUGAUAACAUCAAGAGAAAGCUUGACACUUUCCUCAAAUGAGGAAGAGAUAAAGUGAGCGCUCGCAGUUUAAAAAAAACAAAAACAAAACAAAACUGUCACCACACGUGUUUGAAGAAAACGCUGUAAAACAGACGGCGGUUUUCUUUUCUGCGUGUCUCUCGACUGACGCCGGGUCUCCCCCUCCACCAGCACCAACCCAGUCUCACUCCAAAGAAAGCGCAAUUUGAAUAGGAAAAGAUUAUUCUAAAUAAAUAAAUAGAGCGGCUUUAUUAAUCUAUGCAACUUGGUCAUUUUUCAGCUCACCCUGAUGCAGGGAUACAUCCUGUUACACUGUGAAAGAAACAACCUGAAAUGCUGUCAGAAUACAUUUGCAAUAACUUUUGUAUACAUUCUUCAGUUCUUUUCUUUCUUUCUUUCUUUUUUUUUUACUUUAUGGGGUCACCUAGCAGUCUACUUAUUGUUCUCUUUUCUCUGAAGUUGAUAGCUCUUGUCUGUGAAAUGAAACUGCUUUUGUUUAACGUAGAUCUAAACAAAUGUUUACAGCACUUCUGAAGGCCAGGCGGUCAUUUACAUGUACACUCAGUGCCUUAGUGUGUUGCUCUCUCUGCUGCCAUCAUCCUGUCGGUUUCUGACCAGCAGCUUCCUGCUCGGCGAUCAGGCUGGGAUGUUGGCUGUAACCCCCUCAAAAACCUUUUUUUUUCUGGAAACAUUAAAAAGAUCAAUAAAAGAUUGGAAUUUGC